GUCGCACUUAUUUGUGUACUCUCUGUGUUUCUCUAGUCUCCACCUAUCUCCACCACUCUCCAUUUCUGCAGCCCACCCCUUCCUCUCUCCCUGGCGGAGAUGGCAUCUGGGGCGGCGGAGAAGGGGAAGGCCCUGGCGGAUAGCUCGGAGUCGGCGGCGGAGAGCGCGGCGCGGCGGGCGCGGGAGUGGACCACGUGGGCGAUGAAGAAGGCCAAGGUGGUGGCCCACUACGGCUUCAUCCCCUUCGUCAUCCUCGUCGGCAUGAACUCCGAGCCCAAGCCCCGCCUCGCCCAGCUCCUCUCCCCCAUCUAGGCCUCCUCGGUCGCCCCAAUCCCGUUCGAUUCCUGCAAUUCAGUACUGCAUUUCUUGCUACUUGCGUACUUUUACAAUUUUUUCUUUACGUUUGAUAUAAUUCUAUCUUAAUUAAGUUGUAUCACUGAGUUUAUGAUAAAGGAGUUCCGAGUCCAAAUCAUGGAAAUUGCUGUGGACAAUCUCCAUACUCCCAUGGUCAGUUUGUGACUAUAUUGAUCCAUUGGAGCUUUAGAUAUCUCUACACUAAGAAUGUUGAUGGUUAAACUAAAUGCACACGAAAUGCCGGUGCCCAGGCAUUCGUAUUGUUGCGAGAA